CUUGUUUAUAAACCUUCUCCACAUCUUUUCACUUGAACUUGUUCAUACUACUUCUCAUUCCUAUUCCUAUUCAUCGCCAAUUGUUUCUUUCAUUGAAAUUAAUCAAUACAGAUCAUUGAACACAGCAACUGUCCCUUUUUACACCCCGCCUAAACAAAUGUUCGAGACUGUCACUCGGCCUGCAAUGGCCCUGGCCUACGGAACCGCUUUGUUCAGCUUCUGUUCGUUACUUAAUGUUGUGCAGGUGUUUUCAUUGCUCUUGAGACCUUUCUCGAAAAGUCUCUUCUUUGAGGUGAAUGCCCGUGUUGCCGGUUCUAUGUGGAAAAUCAUGCAGUUGAUCAUGGAGAGAAGGCACAAGGCUGCAAUAACUUUCUCGGGUGAUAAAGUUCCGCACAAUGAGAGUGCCAUUGUCUUUGGUAAUCACAGGUCGUUUGUUGACUUUUACAUGUUCCAUUCGGUUGCUGCCAGGAGAGGCAUGGUUAAUUACAUGAAGUACUUUGCCAAAGACUCGCUCAAAUAUAUUCCAUUUUACGGAUGGGGCAUGUGGAUCAUGGGUAUGUUGUUCAUCAACCGCAACUGGCAACAGGACCAAGUCAAGAUUAACAAAAUGUUUGCGCGGAUAUUGGAGAUCCAGGCUCCCGUCUGGGUGGCCAGUUUCUUGGAGGGCUCACGUCUGACACCCAGCAAGUUGGCUGCGUCACAAAAGUUCAUGCUCUCACGCGGUUUGCCCUUGCUGUCGAAUGUCAUGAUGCCUAGAACAAAGGGUUUUAUUGCCUGUGUCAACAAGUUUAGAGGCACACAUGUCAAAUGUAUCUAUGAUUUCACAUUCGCAUACUACCACAAGACGAAAGGAUUUGGCGUACCCCCAGAUCUGGUGCGUGUUCACACAGCCCAGCUGUCACCCGAAUAUAAAUUUCAUGUACAUGUGAAACGUUAUAAGAUUGAAGAUCUGCCUGAAGAUGAUGAAAAGUUGAGUGAAUGGGUUGUCCAAAAGUAUGUUGAGAAGGAUGCAUUCCUAGAGAAAAUGAAGGAAGACUGGACAGACAGUAUCGAAGGAGGUGUUUGGACUGAGAAAUGGCCUUGAUUAACAA